AACUCUAUUUAAAUUCAUUAGAAAGAAAUUAUGGUGCUUAUGGCAAUAAUAAUAAUCAUCACUCAUGGACUUUAAUGAACUAUGGAUCACCAACAAUAAAAAACUCUUUGUUAUCAUCGUCACGUAGAAGAAAAGUAGAUUGGGGGGAAGAUUCAAAUCGUGCCAUUAAAAACCAAAAGAUUCAAAAAACAACUGUUGGUCCAUGGAAAGAAAAUAUUGAUGCUUUUUCCUCUUUUUCAUCUUCAUUGUCAUCAAAGGAUUUGAUUGAAUGUCCAGGAACCCCACCAAACCAAAUUCGAUCAAUUAAUGACAUGAAAACACCAGAUACUGCAUUUUCAUUAAGUGAAUAUUUGAAUAUGUCUCCUAUGCAAUAG